AUGUCGUAUAAGGAGCUGUAUCAAAGCUUAUUCGAUGCACACGUUGUUUUCCCUCACUACUUGAAACCCCUACAACCGCCGUACCCUAAAUGGUACGACGUGAGUGCACAAUGCGACUAUCAUGCGGGGAUUAUGGGGCAUUCCAUAGAAAAUUGUAUAAUCUUUAAAAAGCUUGUUGAAAAGCUGAUCAGUAUGGUCGUUGUCAAGUUUGAUGAUUUGACUAAUGCAGAAAAUCCAUUACCUAAUCAUGCUAAUAAUGAGGUAAACAUGAUGAGUGGAAAUAGGGGGAGAAAAAUUAAGGUAGACGUUGUAGAGGUAAAAACCCCUUUGAGAUGGGUCUGGAAGGAGAUGGUAAAAAGACAGUUAAUCAUUUCAGAUUCAGAAAGAAGUUAUGCACAGAAGGGGAACUACUGUGAGUUCCAUUAUGAAAUGGGGCAAGAGAUCCAAGAGUGUACAGAAUUCAGAGCCUUGGUUCAAGGUAUGAUAAAUAAUAAUGAGAUGGAGUUUUAUGAAGAAGUUCAAGAGGAGGGAAACGUAUGCACAUCGGAAUCAACGUUGGAAGUACCAAAAGCUAACUAUCCUGUGGUCAUCAUUUCACGACCUAAGAAUAGUGAAGCUAGAGCAUGCAUAACACCGAAGAUCAUCAUUCAGAAACCUGGAACCUUCUCUUACAAGGAUAGCAAGAAAGUCCCGUGGAACUAUGAGUGCAACACAACCAUCCCAGGAAAGGAGACUUCAACAUGUACUGCAAAAGGGGAUCAGGGUAUGGGUUCUCAUACGCGUAGUGGAAAGCGCUACGAUUUGAUAAGCCCCCAAACAGAACCAACAAAAGGAAAAGCUUUGACAGAAGAGCAAAAGAAAGAAAAAGCAGUCGAGCCUGAACUGUUGAUCAAUGAGCCAAUAAAAGAGGAAGAAGCUAAGGAGUUUCUAAAAUUUUUGAGGCACAGCGAGUAUAGUGUUGUGGAACAGUUGCAUAAACAACCAGCUCACAUAUCUGUACUAGCUUUACAUUUGAGCUCAGAAAUACACCGAAGUGCAUUGAUGAAGGUACUAAAUGAAACAUACGUGGCCAAUGAUAUUUCAGUCAACAAACUAGAUCGGCUGAUCAACAACAUAAGCGCUGAUAACUUUAUCCUCUUUAAUGAUGAUGAAAUACCACCCGAGGGUAUGGGAUCUACUAAAGCUUUGCACAUCACUACCCGAUGUAAAGGGUACACCUUGCCAGGAGUAUUGAUCGACAACGGAUCAACAUUGAAUGUAUUGCCCCUAUCGACACUUAAUAGGCUGCCCAUGGAUAACUUGCACAUGAAGACAUGCCAGAAUAUAGUGACGACAUUUGAUGGCAUAGAAAGAAGGGUCAUAGGAAGAAUCAAUAUACCCUUAUUGAUUGGUCCAACUACCUACGAAGUGGAUUUCCUUGUGAUGGAUAUUAGGCCUUCCUAA